AUGGCCGACAGCGAGACAACUCCUUUAGCACAAAAUACGACUUCCACGCCUUUGGCCGAUGCGGAAAAGGGCUCUACAAGUCGAGUAGCUUCUGUCGGAACUACUUCACACAACUCCGCAAGCGCAGGGUCGAGUAACAGCAGGAAAGCAUUGCGGGUUGAAGAGGCUAAUGUUCAGCAGAAAAGGUCACCACCGCCAAAAUCUCAAGUUCCUGUUAAGUCAUUUGAGGAUUGGCAGAAUGACACAAUCUCAAAGGUCUUGCGCAUUACUCUUGAUAAAUCAGCGGCAGAAAAGAGUAGCCAUGUUUUGAUCUACCUAAAUACUCUCGUCGACGAAUUAAAAGAAGAAUAUCCUGAGAACGCGUCUGGAAAAUUCAAACUUUCCCAAUCUCUACUGGAUCGCGCACUUUUUGCACGAUUGUCGUUAGAUCCAAAUGGAAUGAGUGACAAUGAUGAUACGACUAUUGCUAUUGCAAGUUUACCGGACGUGCCGCUAUUCGAUUACUUGGUGGAUUGUUGGAAAAGUGUGGCUGACGUUAAGAAGAAUGUACUAGCACGUGAGAAGAUAUUGGACCCAGCUGUUUUGAAUCAAAGAAUUGAAGUGUUGGAUAAAGUAAAAGGACUUGUUGUCUCGUACGCCGGGUUGAUAUUACAAUCACCAGAAAUGUUUCCGCAAGUUAAAACUUCUGUUCCUUUGGGCUCUCAGCAAUUGUUACCAAAACUCCUGGCAGAGACUGAUACAGAGGAGGGACUACCGUUGGAAUUUAUUAAGGAUUUGGCUAUUAGGUUUGAGAAUGAUGAAUUUGAAGAGGCAAGUAGUGAUUUGACGAAACAGGAAUAUGAAGACAUUACCGGAAUAGGUUGA